UAACGCUUGAAACAAGGAAAAAGUGAAAGUGUUGAGUAGAGUGAGUUGGUUGCAAGGUGUGAUUAUAGCAUUGAAAAGCAAAUGCCAGUCCAAGAAACAUCACUCAUCAAUUCACUCCCCCUUCACCCAUCUUCUUCUCUCUCCUCUCCUCCUCCUCCUCCUCCUCCUCCUCCUCAACUUGCAUUUCCAUGGCAUAUUAGUACCUUGAAAAAAAAAAUGAUUUUCGAGUGAAAACCAUUAGAUACUUCAAGAAUAAAAAAAAGAUAAGAUUAAAAGAAAGAAAAAAGUUACCAUUUUUAUCUCAAAGGUCUUGGUUUUUCUAUACAUCUUCAAAGAUAACAAUGUGGUGGUGGAAAUGGGGGGUUAAUGGUUAUCAUUGAGUGAACCAGACAAAGCUUCCUUGCUAUCUAUCCAUCACUCCAUCACUCCAUUCCCCACAACCCACUAUCAGUAGGCAUUUUCUUCCCCUUUUGAGCUCUUUUGUUUUCUUUAUGUCAUUGCCCGCGCCCCCUUUGGCCCUUUAUUUGAUUGAUUUUCACUCUUCUGAUUAAAACCAACAUGCAAGAUUGGUGCUUUUUUUCUUGUCUAGUGCUUGUACGGUGAACUGGUUCUUGAUCUCAAUCUUUCCCUGAAAAUGUGGGGGGACUGAAAAGAGAAAAGAAGGCUGAAGAAGAGAAAUUUCAGGGUGGAAAAAAGUGCAUUUUUUUAGCAACCCUCUUUUGCUUUGUACCAUUUUCUUCAAGCCUUUUUCUUGGUUGCUAUAGCAAGUCCAAAACAAUGAGGAAGCAUGGUUGGCAACUUCCUUACCAUCCUCUGCAGGUGGUAGCCGUUGCUGUAUUUCUGGCAUUGGGUUUUGCUUUCUAUGUGUUCUUUGCGCCUUUCGUGGGGAGGAAGCUGUAUCAGUACAUAGUGAUGGGGCUCUAUACUCCUCUUAUUGUUUCUGCCUUCAGCCUAUAUAUUUGGUGCGCUGCGGCUGAUCCUGCGGACCCAGGUGUCUUUAAGUCCAAAAAGUACCUUAAGAUUCAAGAAAAGCCUCUCCAACAGAAGCAAUCUAAACUUGGUGGAGAUUCAACUUCAUCAAUACAAGAUGCAAAAGCUGCAACAACUGGAGAUAAAACUUUUGAUGAAGCUAAUAAAGAAGUUGAAGCAAAAGCAGAGCAUGCUGCCCAAACAGAGAAGAAUGCAUCACCUAACCAGAGAGGACAUUUCAUGGCCCUGUUGACCCUUUUACCUUGUGCCUUCCUGUGUCAAUGCUCAAGUUCACAUGAAGAAUCUUCUGAGCAUCAAACAAGUGAAGAUGGCAUGUUCUACUGUAGUUUGUGUGAAGUAGAGGUUUUUAAAUAUAGCAAGCAUUGCAGAGUUUGUGACAAAUGUGUUGAUCGUUUUGAUCAUCAUUGCAGGUGGCUAAACAAUUGUAUAGGUAAAAGGAAUUAUCGGAAGUUCUUUAUCCUCAUGGUCUCUGCCCUUCUCCUGCUUAUACUUCAAUGGUCAACCGGGAUCCUUGUACUUAUUUGCUGUUUCCUCGAGCGGAAGAGAUUCUCGGUGGACAUCACAACCAAGCUAGGAAGCAGCUUCACUGUAGUUCCUUUCAUUAUAGUUGUGGCAGUGUGUACCAUACUGGCCAUGAUUGCAACCUUGCCAUUGGCUCAACUUUUCUUCUUUCAUAUUCUUCUUAUAAAGAAGGGAAUCAGCACCUAUGAUUACAUUAUAGCUCUGAGGGAGCAAGAGCAACAGGGCAUUGGGGGCCAGCAAAGUCCGCAAAUGUCACCUGUUAGUUCCCUCACUGGAUUAAGUAGUGCAAGCUCCUUUAAUAAUUUCCACCGAGCAGCCUGGUGCACACCGCCACGUCUCUUUGUUGAAGAUCAGUUUGAUGUAGUUCCUCCUGAGACUGGAUCUGUAAGUUCACUUGGAAAAAAGUCCGUUGUGGAGGAGCCAAUAAAGAAAAAGAACCCAGUGCCUGUAAAGAUCAGUCCAUGGACAUUAGCUCGGCUGAAUGCAGAGGAGGUGUCAAAGGCUGCUGCAGAAGCUAGAAAGAAGUCAAAGAUUCUGCAGCCUGUAAUGAGACAUGAAGCACAAUAUACUCAUGAAACGGACAGUAGUUUUGGCAGCAGUGGGCGCCGAAUGGUUUCAAGGCCAGAUAAUAGCAGAAAACGACCCAGUAAGCGAGUCCGCCUUCCUGCAGAUUUGCCCGUUGAACCUCUGACAAGAAAUUCGAGUGAAGUUGCUGGAAUUAGUAUGCGGCACAUGAUUACUGAUACCUCAACCAGUUUGGCACCUCUUCACCUUGAAGCCCCAAGUGCUUUCCGUACAGGUCGAACUAUCUCCACCUCAGCUGGAAUCGUUGCUUCUUCUCCUGAAAGUAGUUUAGACUCCCCUGAUAUCCAUCCAUUCGGGGCAUCCUUGGGUACUGAAGAAGCAAGGCGACUUGUUGGUCUAUCAGCUGCUAGCAUGAAUGCUCAGAAGGAUAUCCCUCUGUCAAGGUCUACAAGUGAUGGAUAUGAUGCAUCAGGUGGGGAAGAUAGUGACCGAGUUCCUCAUAGAAUUGGACAGAGGCCAUCCAACUGGAGUAGCCUUCUUUUUGGCACUGACCCUGAUGACAGGGUCACUAGAUUGAACUUUUCGUCUUCAUCUAGGUCUGAUGUUAGAAAGUAGAAACCAAGUAAAUUGUAGCCUCAACAUUUUUUCAUUUGUUAGCCAAAGUCUAUCACCUGGUCGCCACCUCUGAGUAUGCCAGAUCUCAUGGCUUCUUUGGACGAAAGUUUCUUUUGGGGAGAAUGGUAUGCACUGUAAAGAUUUAACGACACAAGUGAAAUUUCACCCUGCAAUUACCGUUCCUGAAGCAUCAUCAGUCGUCGACUAUUCGCUAGGUUUGAAAGGUGUUCCUAAUUUUCUGAAAGAAGGCCGUGCCAUCAAUGCUAGGAUACCUUCCUUGUAGUGCAGAUUAUGCUGAUAUGUGCUUGGUCGUUCAUUUUGCCCAUUUGUUCUUCCCAUUCCAUGGUAGCAGGUCAUCUGUAAAGAAUGACGCUUAAAGAUGCUAUCAGAAUCAAAUGCUUAUUUUUUGGCGCCUCAGACGUAAUAUGGUCUUUUGGCAAGGUAUCAGCU